AUGAGCUCCUAUUUCGCCAACGUGCCCUCCCCAGCGGCCAACUGGGGGGCGCCCUCGCAGGACCAGUAUUCGUACAUGCAGAGUGCUAAAUACCCUUGUUAUUCGGAUCCUACACAGGCCUACGCGCAGUAUGGCGGCAUGCAAGGCUACCGAUACCCCAGUGCAUACAGCUGCGCCCUCGGGAAUAUGGCGUCGACCAAGGGCGCCUACGAGCAGAGCCCGAGCCCCGCGAUCACUGCCACGGCGGCGGCGAGCCCCCUGGGAUACGACCAGAGCCAGAAUUACUACAGCGCCAUGAACAGUGCCACCACGACCAGGAACGACGAGGCCGUAGCGCAGGCCAUGAGCCAAGCAGUGCCAGACUCCCUCAGCCCAGUGAACAGUGACUACAACAGUGUCAAGAUGAACAGCUACGUAGCCGCGAAUCCCAUGGCAGGCCUGACGCCCACGCCCGUGAAUUCCGUGCCCGUCCACCCCCUCAGCCCCAGCGACGCCCUCAGCCACGCCUACGCCACGGCUCCUGACGCGGUGAUGCAGCCGUACACGUCCAAGACACAGUCCCCCGCCAACUACUACCAGUGGGUGAAGGCCUAUCCUGCAGCAGGGCAAGAACCCGGCUCGGGACCCAAGAGAACCCGCCAGACCUACACCAGAUACCAGACGCUCGAACUCGAGAAGGAAUUCCACUACAACCGCUACCUGACGAGGCGGCGGAGGAUCGAGAUCUCCCACGCCCUCGGCCUCACGGAGCGCCAGAUCAAGAUAUGGUUUCAGAAUCGGAGGAUGAAGGCCAAGAAGGAGUCGAAGAUCUCUCCUGCAGGAGGCGAAGGAGGCGCUGCCGGCGGGGAGCGAGGGGAAGAGAGCGAGGAGAAGGACGUGUCGAGUGAUCCUAGUUCUUCGCCGGAGCUCCUGACGGGGUCGCUGGCGGGGACGCUGACGGGGACGCUGACGGGGUCGCUGACGGGGUCGCUGACGGGAGAGUUGACGGCGACGUGAAUGGAUGAGCGAGCCCUGAAGGAGCACAGCGCG